AUGGUGACACAGGCUCUCGCAACGGAGACCUACCCUCCGAAUGUCGAUGGCCCCGAGAGGGCGAGGCUUGUCGAGGUCAUCAAAGACUGGGCAAUCGCCAACGGGCUCGCCGUCCGCCCACCACCGUCGCUGGUGCCUGCUGAGACGGAUCCGGAGGGUGUCCUAGCUACACAUGUGCCUGUCACAUUGUUUCCCAGCCCAUUCCCGCAGGUCUGCUUCGAUCAGGCAAAGGGGGUACAGACGGCAUAUAACGAGUUGUACGCCAAGGUCAGCCAGGAUGAGAGUUUUCUCGCCGACAUGGUCAAGGAGGUUGCCGAUGGAGACGAUUUCAUAGGCAACUUGUGGAAAGUUCAUUGCAGAGUCAAGGAAGAGGGUUAUGUCCAGAGCCUCUCUCUGGGCCUCUUCCGCUCCGACUACAUGGUUCACAAGGAUACGGCAGACCAGUCUGCUGUGCCCAAAGUCAAGCAAGUCGAGUUCAACACCAUCGCUUCUUCUUUCGGAGGACUGUCGUCUUCAACAUGUGCGCUUCACAAAUUCCUUGCCGACACCGAGUACUCAUCCCUCAGGCAGCCAGGGGCACACAGCAGCCUGAACCUCCCCGGCAAUGACAGUGUCGAGGGCUUGGCCUCGGGCAUGAGGGCCGCAUUUAACGCCUACCCAAAGUCAGAGCUCGGCCUCGACACCUGCAUCAUCUUCCUCGUGCAAGACGGCGAGCGCAACGUCUUCGACCAGCGGCACCUCGAGUACGCCCUGCAGAGGCCAUCCCCGCAGCGCAUCCCCGUCUUCCGCCUCCCCUUCAGCGAGACCCUGACGCGCACGCGCAUAGCCGACACGCCGCGGCGCCAGCUCCUCUACAGGCUCCCCAGCAACCCGGACAAGGAGUUCGAGGUCGCCGUCGUGUACCUGCGCGCGGGCUAUGGCCCCUCAGACUACCCGGACGCCGCGGCCUGGGACGCGCGGUACCACCUCGAGCGCUCGGGCGCCAUCAAGUGCCCGACGGUGCUCACGCAGCUCGCGGGCGCCAAGAAGGUGCAGCAGGUCCUCGCGACGCCGCCGGUCGGGGGCUCAACCAAGCAGCUCGGGCUGAGCCGCUUCGUGCCGGAGGGCUCGCGCGCGUGGGACGACCUCUGGGCGACCUUCACCAACAUCUUCCCCAUGGACGACAGCGAGGCCGGGCUCGCGGCGCGGAAGCUGGCGCUCGACGCAGAGGAGUGCAAGCGCUACGUGCUCAAGCCGCAGCGCGAGGGCGGUGGCAACAACUGCUACAGGGCCGCCAUCCCGCCAUUCCUCAAGGAGCUGCCCGAGGCGCACUGGAAGUCGUACAUCCUCAUGGAGCUCAUCAUGCCACCGCCGGUCAGCAACAUUAUCCUCCGGAACGGGAAGCUCGAGCAGGGCGGCGUCAUCUGCGAGCUGGGCAUCUACGGCAGCUGUGUCUGGGACCAGGGCACGGGCGAGGUCCUGCACAAUGAGGAGGCCGGGUACCUGCUGAGGACCAAGGGCGAUCAGAGCGAGGAAGGGGGUGUCGCGGCCGGUUUCGGUUGUAUGGACUCUUGCAAUCUGGUUUAG